AUGAUGUGGGGUUUCUUUUGUCUCCCGCUUCUGACCUCAGCAGAGCCGUACACACUCCGAGUGAGGUUCGGCGCAGGCAUCACACACACACAGACAGUAAUCAUGUCCAGUGGAGAUAAGUCCAAGACCUCUUCCCAGACUGAUGGGAAGGCCGCUCAGGGCAAGAAGUCUGAGAUGGGAAUGAUGUCCUACAAGAUGUACGUGUUCGACCAGGAGAACUUCCAGGGUCGCAUGAUGGAGAUCUGCAACGAGUGCAUGAAUGUGUGUGACAUGGGGAUGGACCGCGUUCGUUCCCUGCGCGUCGAGUGUGGACCCUUCGUGGGCUUCGAGCAGAUGAACUUCUGUGGUGAGAUGUACAUCCUGGAGAAGGGCGAGUACCCCCGCUGGGACUCCUGGAGCAACUGCCAGAAGAACGACUACCUGCUCUCCUUCAGGCCCGUCAGAAUGGACCCCGAGAAGCACAAGAUCUGCCUGUACGAGAUCGGAGAGUUCAAGGGCCGCAAGAUGGAGAUCAUGGACGACGACGUCCCCAGCCUGUACUCCUACGGCUUCACCGACAGAGUGGCCAGUAUCAUCGUCAGCUGCGGAACCUGGGUGGGAUACCAGUUCCCCGGAUACCGUGGCAGCCAGUACCUGCUGGAGAAGGGCGACUACAGGCACUUCAACGAGUUUGGCGCCCGCCAUCCUCAGUUCCAGUCCGUGAGGCGUAUCCGUGACAUGCAGUGGCACCAGAUGGGCUGCUACACCAUGGCCAGCAAGUGAGGCUCAGGGAAGGAGAGAAAGAGAAAGAGCGGAAUGGAGGGAGAGGGGCGGAGGAAGAGGGAAAGGGGGAGAGAUGCCUGAGGCCUUUACCUCAGUACCUUCAGUAGGUCCACACUAACACAGCGAGGGGAGAGGUGGGGGUCUAUUUCUGCCUCUGAUCGCAUCCUUUCAACACCUUUGUGGAAGAGAAACCAUCGAGCCACCCUCCAUCCCUCUCUGUCUCUAUUUUCUCUUUCUCCCCUAUGGGCUGAGCGUUGCUUUCCCCCCUUUUCUCCUUUUUUAAAUUCAAGUCCCUCACUUGCUCCCCUCCACGGUCCUCUGAGACACCAAAGAGCGAUCACAACGCCUCUCGCUGGUUUACACACGAUUCUCGGCUCAGGGUUUGAUGCAUCAUGGGAAACUGAGUUCCCAGAGCCCCCUGCCCCUGUCUUCUUGCCCCUGUGCAUUGCACACCCUCUCUGCUGUACAGAAUCCUGGCCAAGUUUUCAAUAAAAAGGAAAAUCUUGAUUUCAAA